CAAAAUCGCACUUUCCUUCCAUUUUAUGCGAUCGGAAAAGCACCACGUUUCUUAAACUUUGCAAUUUUUGUAUUUUUCACAUCAAUUCGUAAGGAAUUAUCAAAAUGACAGAUAUUGAUGAUUUAUUUAGUUGUUUCCAACCAAGCAAAAGUGAAGAAUCAAAGGAAGUUACACCGGAUACUGAAAAUCUCGAUGAAAGGCUUGUCCAGAUUGAUUUGAAAGGAGUUAAAAGGGAAAGUAGUGACGACAUUAGUACAUCUUCAAAAAAAAGUAAACAUGACCCUAAUGUGGUAGAUGUCAAAGAUAUAAAUUUUGAAGAAUUGAAAAACAGGAUAGUGGUUCACACAAUAGAAUCGAUAGAAUCAUGUUCACACGAAGUAGCUUAUCCUCCAUGCCAGUCAUUUAUUCCUCUCUUGGCGCCGACGGGGGAACCAGCGAAAACCUACAAUUUCGUUCUAGAUCCUUUUCAGAAGGAAUCUAUUUUAUGUAUUGACAACAAUCAGUCUGUGCUCGUUUCUGCACAUACAUCUGCAGGGAAAACAGUGAUCGCUGAGUAUGCCAUUGCUACAUCAUUAAAAAAACAACAGAGGGUUAUUUAUACAACACCCAUAAAAGCUCUGUCUAAUCAAAAAUAUAGAGAAUUCAUGGAUGAAUUUAAAGAUGUGGGCUUAGUAACAGGGGAUGUUACAAUAAAUCCAACUGCCUCAUGCUUGAUAAUGACGACAGAGAUUCUCCGUAAUAUGUUAUAUAGGGGCUCUGAAAUAAUGAGAGAAGUUGGAUGGGUGAUAUUUGACGAAAUUCACUACAUGAGAGACAAAGAGAGAGGUGUUGUUUGGGAAGAGACAUUGAUUUUGCUUCCUCACAACGUACAUUUUGUGUUCCUCUCUGCUACCAUACCAAAUGCUAGACAGUUUAUCGAGUGGGUAGCACAUUUACAUCAACAGCCAUGUCAUGCUGUGUAUACAGAUUAUCGGCCAACACCACUGCAACAUUUUGUUUAUCCAGCUGGAGGAACUGGAAUUCAUAUGGUAGUCGAUGAAAAUGGUAUAUUCAAAGACGAAAAUUUCAAUGUAGCAAUGUCAGUUUUACAAGAUUCUGGUGAUGCGGCCAAAGGUGACCAGAAAGGAAGAAGGGGCGGUAUUAGCAACAAGAAUGCUACUGAAUGUGACAUCUUCAAAGUACUUAAAAUGAUAAUGGAUAGAAAUUUUGCACCUUGUAUAGUUUUCAGUUUUUCAAAAAAAGAAUGUGAGCUUUAUGCUACCCAGAUGACCAAACUUGAUUUUAAUACAGCGGCCGAAAAACAACUGAUUGAUGAAGUCUUCAAUAAUGCAAUGAAUGUUCUGUCCGACAGUGACAGAAUGUUACCUCAAGUUCAGCAUCUGUUACCCUUGCUGAGAAGAGGUAUAGGUAUUCAUCAUGGGGGUUUAUUACCCAUUCUAAAAGAAACUAUAGAGAUUCUAUUUGGUGAAGGUCUCAUUAAAGCAUUAUUCGCAACAGAGACUUUCGCAAUGGGCUUGAACAUGCCAGCUCGAACCGUACUUUUCACAGGAAUGAGGAAGUUUGAUGGCCAGCAGUAUAGAUGGCUCACUUCUGGCGAAUAUAUUCAAAUGUCUGGUAGAGCGGGAAGGAGAGGUUUGGAUGACAAAGGUAUAGUCAUAUUCAUGGUAGAUGAGAAGGUACCCCCAGAAGGCUGUCGUGACAUUGUGAAAGGCUCGCCAGAUCCUAUAAAUUCAGCGUUCCAUCUAACUUAUAACAUGGUUCUCAAUCUUCUUCGGGUAGAGGAAAUCAAUCCCGAGUAUAUGUUGGAAAGGUCAUUCUACCAAUUCCAGAACCAGACUGCUAUUCCAGGUUUACACAAAGAAUAUGAAAGAAGACUUCAAGAAUAUAACAAUUUCAAAAUUGAUAAUGAAGAACAAAUUGCUUCAUAUUAUGACAUACGACAACAACUGGAUAAAUUAGUCAUUGACUUUAGAAAAUAUCUGACAAAUUAUGAGAGUUUACUCCCGUUUCUACAACCUGGAAGAUUAGUCAAGAUCAAAACUGCUGAUGCAGAAUAUGAUUGGGGUAUAGUGGUGAAUUAUAAAGUUACUAAAGCUCAAGGAAAAAGACAGGAGAAAGCUAAGUGCCAGAUUGAUAUGCUCCUCCACGUCACACUCAGCUCUGAAGAUGACUUCCCCAAGCCAGCUGUGAAUGAAGAGCAAGGAGAAUUUGAAGUUGUUGCUGUUGAUUCGAAAUUCAUAACCCACCUAUCCUCUGUACGAUUAUACUGUCCGAACGAUUUGAGGACCAAAGACUCUAGAAAAAGUGUUAGGAAAUCCUUGAAAGAGGUUAAAAAACGAUUUCCUGAUGGCCCCCCACAGCUGGAUCCUGUGAAAGAUAUGAAGAUUAAUGAUCCUGAGUUUCUGAAGAUAAUAGACAAGAUUGGAUCUCUGGAGAAAGAGAUGAAAGAUCACCCAUUGCACGAAACCGAAGAGCUUAACUCGUGUUACAAAAAGUACGAGGAAAAAAUGAACAUCCGAUCGAAGUUGGAACUAGCCAAAACAAAGCUGCUCGAGGCCAAGUCCGUUUUGCAACUGGACGAGCUCAAGUGUCGCAAACGUGUCUUGAGGCGACUAGGCUAUUGCACGAACACCGACGUUAUACAGCUGAAAGGUCGGGUGGCCUGCGAGCUGAGCAGCGCGGACGAGCUGCUCCUGACCGAGAUGCUGUUCAGCGGCAUCUUCAACCCCUUAACACCGGCGGAGGUGUGCGCAUUGUUGAGCUGUUUCGUGUGCGACGAGAAGAGCAACGAAAAGGACGAGUAUCCGAAACAACUCAUCUUACAGAUGCAGGAUAUCGCCAGACGAAUAGCCAAGAUCAGUACGGAAGCUCGAUUGCCUUUGGACGAACAAGCUUACAUUGACAAAUUCAAGACAUCUCUUUACCACAUAGUUCACCAGUGGUGUAAAGGCGCGAGUUUCAGCGAUCUAUGUAGAUCAACCGAAAUUUACGAAGGUUCGAUAGUACGUUGCAUGAGGAGAUUGGAGGAACUUUUGAGGCAGAUGGUACAGGCCUCGAAAACCAUUGGAAAUAAGGACUUGGAGGAUAAAUUUAACGAGGCCAUUAAAUCGAUCAAAAGAGACAUUGUUUUUUCGGCCAGCUUGUAUCUCUAAUGAGAGACUACAGGAAAAUCCAUAGUGAAGUGCCAUUGGGAUACGCAAUUUUUUUAUUGCUGGUAUUCUUUCUACACGACGUUUACUAGUUAGAAUUUGUCUGUAUUUACUAGUCGAAUUGUUGGAAACAAAUGGAGUUUUUGUGAAAUGGGCAUUUCGGGAUAUUUCGAGAAAGGUGAAAACAUUUUUCGAUGGAAUAAAAUAUGCAAAAUCGUUUCCAAGCGGACGAUUUCGUGCAAUCAAAGCUAUUUAUCCACAUUUUCCGGGGGGUAUUUUUCAUCUCUCAUACCCCUUGAGGAUUUUCUAUCGAUCUAUCAAAAAUAGGGGUUCUAUUUUCGUUUCUAUCUUUUUGCAACCAUGUGAAUAUCGGCAAAUUCUAUACUGUAAAAUUCAUUUAACAUCCGGUUAGAAUAAAUUUAAAAAUUGAUUUCUUCACGGUUAUUCCCAUUCAAUAUAUUUUGUUACGUCAUGAUAGUGAUAUCAUGACAUUCAUUCAGUAUUUGCACUGAACGGUAGCGAUAUCGUUGUGACCCAGUAUGUCUACUUUUACCUGAUAUUGUAAAUAACGAUGAAAUUUUGUGAAUAAAUUUUUGAAUGUACUUUAUAUCGUUAGAAAUUUUCCUUUUUCUUCUGAGUUUUAUUCAUUAGUUAUCAUUGAGAAUUAUUCUAUUGAAUCUAUGGAAGACAUCAAUAUAAACUUCAUUCGUGGUCGCUUUAUUAUCAUCCUCCGAAUCGUCAUUAAAAUGUAAAUGUUUCAAUGUCACAAAUCGAAUGUAAUUACGGCCAUAUUUUCAAAAUUGCAGUAUGAACUCAUUUCAAUUCAUUGGAAUUUGCAGAAUGAAACAGAUUUUACGGAUAAUAUUGGUUUUCGCAGGAAUCUUUUCUUUAAGAAUAAUCCUUACCUAUUUUCGGAGAAAUAUCUUCGCAAAUGGUCUUACCGUGUAACUUCCAUUGUUGUAGACCCCACCCUCUGUACUUCAUGACCAAUUGAGGUACUUGUCAUUUAGUAUAUAAGGUGCACAAACUUCCAAAAGUUAUUAAAGUUUGAAUGUUUCCGAAGUUUGUACCUUGUAGAAGAAUGUGAAGUUAGCACAUUCGUUUCUAUGUUUUCGUUUUUUGUCAUAGUACGGGUCUGCUUCCUUCGCACUUUCCUAUUAUAAUCUUCAAUUUUAUUCGAGAACUCUGUUUCAUUCUGAAAUCCCUUUUGAAGAACGCUGAAUAUCUUGAUUUUCACCGUGGGAUUGUAUCGUAAUUGUUCUGUGUUCGAAGAAUAGUACGGAACAAUCUCAGCGUUGGUUCAGGAAAUAUUUUUCGGUAUUAAGUUGCUUCACGUGAAAAUUUAUUUACACUACUUGGCUAGGUAAGAUUUUAUGUUACUUGUUUUCAAAUGUACCGUUACAUUUUUUUCAUUCGACUUUAUUGAAUUUUGUGUUGAUGUCCUUUUUAUAACUUAUUUUUAUAUUUUUUAUAGACUUGAAAUGUAUGUAAUAUGAAUAAAAUAAAUGAAUUUUUUAUAAAUA